UGCAGCUGGCGCCCUCCCCGGCGGCCCAAGUUCCGCAGGGCUUGAAUGCAGCCCCCUGCAAGAUGGCGGGCAGGCGAGGAGCUUGGUAUGUGCCUUGUCUAGCUUCACUUGACACCAUCCAGGAAUUAUGUAGGAAGGAAAAUCUCACAUGUAAAUCCCUUGGAAUCACCAACAGGAAUCUAAAGAGUUAUGAGGUGGAAUAUUUAUGUGACUACAAGGUAGAAGAGGGCACAGAGUACUUCCUUGUGAAAUGGAAAGGAUGGCCAGAAUCCUCAAAUACCUGGGUACCUUUGAAAAAUCUUAAAUGCCCAUUGCUCCUUCAGUACUUCCAUAGUGACAAGAAUGAAUAUUUAUCUCAGCUGAAACGAGGCAAAGCAGUAAUAUUGAAAAACCAUAUUAAAGCUUUGAACCCUGUAGUAGCACAGUACAUAGUAAAGAAGGCUAAACAAAGAAUAGCUCUACAGAGAUGGAAGGAAGAACUCAACCGGAAAAAGAACCAUAAAGGAAUGAUUCUUGUAGAAAACACUGUGGAUCUUGAGGGCCCUCCUUUAGACUUUUACUACAUUAAUGAAUAUAAACCUGCUCCAGGAAUAAAUAUAAUGAAUGGAAUCACAACCGGCUGUGAAUGCUCUGAUUGCCCUGCUGAGAAGUGUUGUCCAGAAGAGGCUGGAUUUUUCUUGGCUUACAAUAAACAAAAGCAGUUAAAAAUCCAACCAGGCUUGCCAAUCUAUGAAUGCAACUCGUACUGUAGAUGUGGUCCUGAAUGCCCUAACAGGAUAGUACAGAAAGGCACACCGUAUUCUCUUUGCAUCUUCAGAACUAACAACGGACGUGGCUGGGGAGUAAAAACCCUCCAGAAAAUUAAAACAAAGAGAUUUGUGAUGGAGUACGUUGGAGAGGUGAUCACAAAUGAGGAAGCAGAGAGACGAGGCCAACUGUAUGACAACCAAGGAAAUACAUACUUGUUUGACCUGGACUAUGACUCGGAUGAAUAUACAGUGGAUGCAGCUCGAUAUGGAAAUGUGUCCCAUUUUGUGAAUCACAGCUGUGAUCCAAAUCUUCAGGUCUUCAAUGUUUUCAUUGAUAACCUUGAUCUACGUCUUCCUCGGAUAGCACUGUUUUCUACAAGAACCAUCAAGGCUGGAGAAGAGCUCACCUUUGAUUAUCAGAUGAAAGGUUCUCUAGAUGUGACUUCAGACUCUGAUGCUGUCAGCCCAAUGAGAAAGAGGAUCAGAACUGUGUGCAAGUGUGGAGCUGUGUGUUGCAGAGGGUAUCUCAACUGAAUUCUCAGUAGCCAAAGUUGCACAUAAAUUAUUUCAUUUGGGGUUUUUUAAAUGUAUUUUAAGACUGCCGUUCUAGUUCACUUAUACUUAUGAACUGAAGUAUUUUUACAUAUGAGUGAAUCAAUAUAAUGAAAACAAAACACUUACAUUUGUAUUUGAAAAUGUCAUUAGCCAAAGAAAGAGAUCUGAUAUUCCAACUGCUCUUAAAUAUGAAAACUGGCUAUGUGGAUUAAAAACUAGAAUUAUUUGCACACUGUGGAUUAGGAGUUGAUGGAGGUGAAUAUUCAACUUUGAUGUCACAUUAACAUGCAAGUGUGUGUUUAUGAUUCCAAUCCUGUGAAGAGCUGAUUUCAAUAUGAGGGUGUUCCACAUCUUGUGCUCUAUGAAAUGGAAAUCCAGUACUAUUGAUGUACUAGAAGUCACAGCUGACUAUCAUUUUUCUUAAAAGGUUUCAAGCAGUAGCUUGAAAAUUUGGGGCCCCGAUCCUCUAUUGGGAUCUAUCGCCAUUUAAAUUCUGCAUAGCUACACUUCAUAGAGUACACUUAAGAAAUAGGUGUUUUGUUGUUGUUGUUUGUUGUUUUUGUUUGUUUGUUGUUUUUUUGUUUUUUUUGAAGUAUCCAUGGAACUUCACACAAAGAGACUGAUCAGUGUUAGCAGAUGCUGGAUACAAGAUUGAGUAAUCAUCACUGAAACAAAUCAUUGGUGAAGGUUUGGAAAGCGAUAGACAGGAAUUGAGUAAAAAAAAUAGCCAAUAUUUCUUUCAUGAACCUAAUGCAUUGAUACUCUUAUGUCUAUGCCAUAUAACUGAGUAUCCCAGCAAUGUAAUUGUAUCAACAGCUGUCUUAUGUUACAAACUUUUACGUAUUGUGAAUUUUUUCUACCUAGUGGUGGACUUUAAACACAUUAAUGCCAUUUUUUUCCCUCUUGUAAUAACAUAACUUCAGUGAAGUUACAGAAAGGGUGAUUUUGCCCAUUUACUGUAGACAGUAGUAAGACAUUCUUUGAAUCUUGAAUGUAAAAGGCUGAAAAGCUUACUGUUCAGCUUCUUGAAUAUUUGUUUUUUCUCUUAAUCUUCACAAAUUUCAGAUGUUUAUUGAAAAUGUGGUGAUGUAUGCUAAAUUGUUCUUGACUUCAGAGAAGCACCCAACAGCAAUUAAGUUAGUUGUAGACCAUGGGUGGAACCACAAAGUAACUAACUGUACUCCAGGGACAGAAGUUCAAUUCUUAUUAUCUCAUUGAUUGAUUGUAAACAUUGCAUAUUUCUUGGAAGUGAUGUACAGAAUCUUUAAGGAGAUCAGGCAUAACUGUUGCUCAUCAAAUAGACAUUUGCUGUAUGUCAUGAAGUCCUUUUAUAAGGUACAGUGCUGUUGGCUCAGGUGGUUGAGGUCAAGUGUUCAGCCUGCUUGGUUUGUUAAAAAUAUGCCUUAAAUUUCAUGUUUGUUGAAGGACAAUAUGAUCAUUUUGUUAAUUUAAAAGCACAAAUGUACUUGAACUGCAGAACUGGCUCUGUGUAGGGAUAGUGAAAUUUUGUACACCAAGGCUUAUCCAAUUUGUGAUUGGGCAUACACACUGGGGGCUAUUAGCAAUGCACAAAGCUAUGUAUCUGCUUGUAAACUGAAGAGUUUUUAAUUUUAAAGUAGAUGAUUUAUAUUGUUUAAUGAAUGGCACACUAAUUGCCUAGAUUUUAAACACAUCUAACAUUGCGAUGGUACCUGGAAUCCAUGCUUGGAUGAAACUGCUGUAUCUAGUCAUUUUUAAAGGUAUUCUUGUUAUAGGAUAGAAUUAGUCAUGUGUCUCCCACAUAAGUAUUUUAUAAAUCUUAAGGGAAUCUUAAAUGCCUUUUUUAAAAAAAAAUGUUUGAGCCAAAUUAAUUCCUCUUCCAUUUACAUAUUGCCCCAGCAAAUGGGGCUGUGUGCACCUAUGUAAUCCUUCAUUUCAUUUAAGAA